AUAAGCCCAGUAAGGUGAGAGUAGCAGGACGCCCCUCAAGUACGGCCCCUUCUGCAACUAAGCGACGUCCUCCUCUCUCCGUCCCCAGUCCUGUCUCAGCCCACCAUUCUUUCGCAGUCAAAAGUCUUAAUCCGGGCUCGGCUGUGUGCAACAGUAGCAUUUAUGGAAAUUGCAUUCCUACCAUCGGCCGCCGUUGUACUUACGAGAAGAGAUGUAAACGUGGACCGGCCCC